UUCUCUCUGCCUUGUCUCUCUGUUUCUUCCCAUCACUCUUCAUGAUUCUCGCCACAUUUUCUCGCUUGUUCUCAUCCUCUUCCUUUUAUCUGCUCGUUAUAUACUGUUGAAUGCAACGAAUAGGUCUACCUCAAAUGUAAUGUGAUAUAUACAAUGCAGGCCCUGCUUUGUACAGUGGGUGUAAUGUAUUAAUGAUUAAUAUAUAAAUGAGUAGGUGGUAAGACAUGACUAAACCAGGCAGGAGGGUUAAACUUGAUUGGGAAUACCCUUAGGUGUGAUUUAGAGCCACUAUUAAAGGCAACUAUUCAUAGGUGAUGAGGGAGGUUAGAGCUCAGUUUGUAGCCUUAUUUGUACUAUUGUCACUGUAGACAAGCGACAGAACAUCCCAGACUUUUGUCACAGCUGUGGGAGAGAACACUGAUAGCAGCAAUGAAAUGGAUUUCCUUGAUCACAUACAUACAGUAGCAGCCACCUCCUGUAUGUCUGUUUGCUGUGUAAAAGCUAGGCACAGGUAAUCUGCAGACAGCCUUUGAAUACUCAGGUUUUCCUUUAGAAACAUUCAAUUCAUGUGCACUGAGUGGGCUUCCUUGGUGGCCUACAUGCUAGUGUGUCUAAUGUAUAAAAUUAAAAUCCAUACACACUGAACCUGGACCUACAUACUUGGGAUACACAUUCCAGAAAUGGGUUAUUGUAUUUUGCCGGGAAAGGUAUCCACAGGUAUACAUAGUCAAAUUUCAUUUUAAUGUGUGCACUGUCUGCUGUAUAGUUGAAUGACAAAUAAAGUAUCUAUCAAUCUAACAGUAGCUCUCACAGCAGGUGUAGAUGCACUGGAAAAGGUCUGUUACCUGUUAGGACUGGUUUAAAGGAGCUAGCUUGCAUUCAUACAUUGACAGGAUGUGUGCUUGAAAAGCAUUUAUAAUCUGCAGCUACUCAGGAUGGACCAGCCUGGAUUUACAUCUGAUCAUUUGUACCACAAUGUUAGUAAAGCCGGAAAAAAAAGCAAUCCAAAAUCCUUUACUUGCCUUUUCUAGAGGAUCAGUGUGACCAUGCACAAGUGUUAAACAUCAUGAUUUGGUCGGUCCUCUUAGCAUAUUUUAAAAAGGUGGUAAAUGUCCCUAUAUGGAAUAAUGCAUACUUGACUGAGUUCAUUGGCUUGAAGACUGACCUUGAAUUACUUUAAUAGAAUGGUAAGAUUUUAGAAGCUGAGGAGGAUUUCAUAUGAAAAUACAUCACAGUGAAUUCAUGUUAAUGGUAGCUGGAGCAAAAGGGAAACUCAACCUGUUUGGUAGGAUUAGUUCAUAUAACCCAGAAGUGGAAAUAUAAGGACACCUAUGACAUACACUCACAGCUCAUAUUCCUUUGUGUUUGUUUCUUUUUUUUUAGGGUCGGUUCUUACUAAUCGCAGACAUGAAGAUUUUCUAAACAGACAGGAAUCAUAAAACCUGAACUUCCUGACAAUCACAGCAUCAUCCUGACUACAAGGCAGGGACCUCAUUUUCAAGCCGCUCUUUUCUGGCCGUACUUUCUGGCUUUGAAGGAUGGGUGAUGGGCCUGUGAGUUAUCCUGCCUGCCUGCCUCAUCCCGCCCUUCAAUGGAGCCAGCGUGGAACUCCUCCCAGACACCUCCACAGCUCAUGUCCAACACCUCUGCCUCCUCUAUGCCUGAGAGCUGGGCUCUGUCCCAGUCGCUAGCCCUGCUGGCCAUGCUGCUCAUGGAUCUGCUGGCUGUGGUGGGUAAUGUGGCUGUCAUGGCCGUCAUUGCCAAGGCUCCACAGCUCCACAAGUUUGCCUUUGUGUUCCACCUGUGCGUGGUGGAUCUGCUGGCAGCCCUGGUGCUGAUGCCCCUCGGCAUGCUCUCAAACCGAGCCUUCUUUGGGGAGGCCCUGUGCCGGAGCUACCUCUUUCUCAGUGUGUGCCUGGUCAGCGCUGCCAUCCUGUCUAUUUCUGUCAUCAACGUGGAGCGUUAUUAUUACAUCAUACAUCCUAUGCGCUAUGAAGUAAAGAUGACCAUUGGCCUUGUAGCAUCAGUACUGGUGGGGGUAUGGGUCAAAGCCCUGGCCAUGUCUGCUCUGCCAUUACUCGCUUGGUUCCUGCAAGGUGGACGAACUCCUCUUCUGGAGAGUAGUGGGGUUGGAGGAGGAGGAGGAGGAGGAAGUGGGACUGUCCUGUCACCCCCUGCUCAGGCUCACAGGCGCUGCUCACUGCAUUGGACCGGGGGAGGCUCCAACCGCUUGGCCUUCAUGGUCCUCUUUACUCUGGUGUAUUUCCUGUGUCCACUUCUGGUCAUUAUUGUUGUAUACUGCAAUAUGUUCAAAGUGGCUCGGGUAGCUGCCAUGCACCAUGGGCCUCUGCCUACCUGGAUGGACACACCUCGUCGCCAGCGGUCAGAGUCACUCAGUAGUCGCUCAACUAUGGUCACAAGCUCUGGUACGGGGACUGGGACAGGAAGAAUGACUCCACAGCGCCCCUUUGGGGGAGGAAAGGCUGCAGCAGUGUUGGCAGCAGUAGGUGGGCAAUUCCUUUGCUGCUGGCUGCCCUACUUUACUUUCCACCUGUAUUCAGCACUGGCUGCCAGCCCUCCAGCUACACUGGCCUAUUUGGAGGAGGUGGUUACCUGGAUUGGCUAUUUUUGCUUCACUUCCAAUCCCUUCUUCUAUGGUUGUCUCAACAGACAGAUCCGGGAGGAGCUGGGCAAGCAUCUGCCAUGUCUGUUUCGUCGAACAGGGGUUGAGGUGGAAGACAGACUUCCCAGUCGUGAAGGAUCCAUAGAGGAGAAUUUCCUUCAGUUUCUUCAGGGCACUGGCUGCAACUUGGAUCCUCAAAACUCUCACAGCACCUCCAGUCCUAAGGGGGAGGCCUGUUGCCCUGUGGCUCAGUCCCAACCACCUGAGCCAGCACAGGCCAUACCCAUUGAUUUCCGUAUCCCUGGACAAAUUGCAGAAGAGACUUCAGAAUUUAUCGAGACUGAACAGGCAAAAAACAACCAUAUAUAUCCAGACAACUGUGGAAACUCUUAUUCCAAGAGGAGGAUACAUGUAGAUGUUUUGACUGCCUUUUUACAGUACCUCAGACGCAGGAAAAAAGAUUAUUUAUCAGUGUCAAGUGUGACUCCUGCACACUUUCUUCUAAUGUUGUACGGUGACUAAAGACGACAUGAUUGCUUUUUGAGGUUUUAUUAGAAACGAGGGCGCAGACUUCGCUAAGGUUUGAAGCUUGUGCUUGAUGAUGACAUGAAGUAGUAUUUUAUAGUAAACUGAUUACAGUAUGUGGAAAUGUUUGAUUAAAACAGCAAAUCCUUUCUUAAUGUGGACACAGGGUUUUUAAGAUAUCUUUCUCAGAGGUUGUUUUUGAGUGACAAAGCCAAUCCCAAAUCUCUUUUCAUCAUGUCUAAAUAUCCCAGACUGUGAAUGCUGUUGAGUGUUUGUGUGAUGAUUGUUUUUAUGCUGUGAUUAAAAUAAAAGAUUGACUUCCAAUGUACUGCUAUGAUAUGAAUGUGUUUAGAAAAAAAAGCAUGGCUAAAACAUGA